AUGGACAACCAAGGGAGCCGCCUCUAUCUGAAUUUCAACAGUAACGCCGACCGCCUUGCCUCUACAGAUCGAACGUAUCCAACGACGCCAUCGACAUUUCCCCAGCCAGUCUUCCCUGUGUCUACCCAGCAGCAGCCUUCUGCUUCGAGCAUUGGUAUUGCGACUUCUCAGCAGCCACAGCAAUACCAGGCCGGCUACGCGGCAGGGGGCUAUUUUCCGCAAAACCAGUACCCACCACAGUACGUUCCUCAACAGUCUGGCAGUCUUGGUGUAGAUUAUGGCAAUGGGGCGGGGCCCGGAAGUAUGGCAUCUGCAAAUUCUGCCACGACUUCCGCCAGCGUGAACAAUAUCUACCAGCCUCGAUCCAAUUCUCAGUUGGCGGGCUCAAGCACAGAUCCGAAUACUGGUCUUGCCCACCAGUUCUCACACCAGAAUUUGGGUGGUGCCGCUCGUGCGGCGCCCUAUGGGAACCGUGGGCCGUCGCCUUCCCAGCGCCCACGAACAGCCGGCGGGCCCUCGCAACCGGCAAACUAUAGCAACUACCUGAACACACCCAUUCCAGCCCAGCCCUCUCUUGGGAGGCUGGAGUUCCAGGCUGCCCCGGAAAGGAACCCCGAUCGAUAUGGCCCUAAUGCAAACAACAACCAAAAAAAAUGCUCACAGCUUGCUGCUGACUUCUUCAAAGACAGCGUCAAGCGAGCUCGAGAAAGGAAUCAAAGGCAAAGUGAAAUGGAGCAGAAACUCUCUGAACCAAACCAGUCUGCCGUUCGAAAGGAGCAGAUUUGGUCGACUACAGGCAGAAGGGAGGGCUCUUAUCUACGCUUCCUCCGGACGAAGGAUAAACCCGAAAACUACACGACCGUCAAGAUCAUCGGAAAGGGUGCCUUUGGCGAGGUGAAGCUCGUCCAGAAGAAAGCCGACAAUAAGGUGUAUGCGAUGAAGUCAUUGAUCAAGACGGAGAUGUUCAAGCGCGACCAGCUAGCACAUGUUCGUGCUGAAAGAGACAUCCUCGCCGAAUCCGACAGCCCUUGGGUGGUCAAACUCUAUACUACGUUUCAAGACGCGAAUUUUUUGUACAUGUUGAUGGAGUUUCUGCCAGGUGGAGAUUUGAUGACGAUGCUGAUAAAGUAUGAAAUUUUUUCCGAGGACAUUACCCGGUUCUACAUCGCUGAGAUUGUCCUCGCCAUCGAGGCUGUUCACAAACUCGGAUUUAUUCAUCGUGAUAUCAAACCUGACAACAUUCUGCUCGAUCGCGGGGGCCAUGUGAAACUGACAGACUUCGGCCUUUCAACCGGUUUCCAUAAGCUCCAUGACAACAACUACUACCAACAACUGCUACAGGGCAAGAGCAGUCGCCCACGCGGUGACCGAAACUCGGUGGCUAUUGAUCAAAUCAAUUUAACUGUCAGCAACCGGUCUCAGAUCAAUGAUUGGAGGCGCUCUCGGAGACUGAUGGCCUAUUCGACCGUCGGAACGCCGGAUUACAUCGCUCCCGAGAUUUUCACCGGCCAUGGCUACAGUUUUGACUGCGAUUGGUGGUCGCUUGGAACUAUUAUGUUCGAAUGUCUGGUUGGCUGGCCCCCUUUCUGUGCUGAGGACCGGCAUGAUACAUACCACAAAAUUGUCACUUGGCGCCAAAGCUUGUAUUUUCCCGACGAUAUACAGCUGGGAGUGGAGGCUGAGAAUUUGAUCCGAAGUCUCAUCUGCAACUCCGAGAACCGUCUGGGGCGUGGUGGUGCACAUGAGAUUAAAAGCCAUACCUUCUUCCGUGGGGUGGAGUUUGAUAGCCUUCGUCGAAUCCGUGCUCCCUUCGAACCUCGCCUUACGUCAAAUAUUGAUACGACGUAUUUCCCUACCGAUGAGAUUGACCAGACGGACAAUGCCACUCUUCUGAAGGCACAGCAAGCCGCCCAGGGACGCCCUACACAGCAAGAGGAAAGCCCGGAGAUGAGUCUUCCAUUCAUUGGGUAUACUUUCAAGCGGUUCGACAACAAUUUCAGAUGA